AUGGCAGAGUCAUUGGCGGCGCUCGGCGUCGCCGCCAACAUCGUUCAGUUCCUCGAGCUCGGGCUCAAAGCGGCCGUAUCCAUCGUCGAGAUCUACCGUAGCGUCAACGACGACGGCUGGACGGCGCGUAACGCCGACCUGGACUCGAUGGCGAAGGACCUCCGAGAUCUCUGUGACCGCCUCAAGAAGGACGCGGACGUCAAGCUAGACCCUGCCAUGGAGCGCCUGCUUCAGAGGUGCAUCGACACGGCGGACGAGCUCAGUCUGGAACUUCGGCGGCUGGUCGGAGAAAUUGCCACAAGAUACCAGAAAUGGGCAAAGUUCAAAAUUUCACUUGCGGCUUACUUCAAAAGAGGCAAGAUUGACGAGGUUCGGGCACGACUGGUGGAGAUUAGAACACGCGUCUUUGAGCACCUCCAGAUCCUCCUACACGAUAAUCGUAUAUCGCUGUCCAAAUCUAUGCGUUGCCUAGAAGAAACAUCCGAGGCCUGGAACCGAACCACGGAGAAGAGACUGAACGCGCUGGCCCAUGAUCUCAGUAAUCUUUGUCAGUCUCAGUCGGUAGCAGCAGCAUCAACUGAGGGUCUCAGGAUAUUCAGUGAGACAUGGGCACGUGUUGCUGAGGAUGCCCAGAACCAGGCUACCGUUGUUGCAAUUCUGACGAGCCUUAAGUUCACGCAGAUAAAGGAACGGCAAAGUGAAAUCCCGAAAGCCCAUCGCCGUACCUUUGAAUGGGUCUUCAGUGACGACACUCCCGUUCGCUUGUCGGCUUGGCUCCGCGGGUCGAGCGGUCUGUUUUGGAUCACGGGGAAACCCGGGUCUGGGAAGUCCACCCUAAUGAAGUUCAUCCUCAGUCACGAACAUACCAUGUUUCUUGCGAAGGAUUGGGCCAGCCCAGAGCCACUCAUAGUGGCUAGUCACUUCUUCUGGAGCGCUGGCACGACCAUCCAAAAAUCCCAAGAAGGUCUGCUGAGAACGCUAUUAUUUCAGAUCCUGGUGAAUUGUCCCGAGCUUAUCCCUUCUGUCUGUCCAACGAGGUACUCCAGCCCAUUCAAGCGCCUAGAAUCUUGGAGUAUUGAAGAGCUUUCCGAAGCCUUCGGCAGACUCAAGGAUAUCCGACCGUUACCGAGCCGGAUCCUGCUGCUGAUCGAUGGACUCGACGAGUACAACGGCAACCUUGGCGAUCUGGUCCAGUUCCUAAGGUCCGCGUCCGAUUCUCCGUAUAUAAAGACGUGUUGCGCAAGCAGGCCGUGGCCUGUAUUCACCAACGGGUUCGAGAAUGUCUCCGGUCGGAUUUACAUGCACGAGCUCACCGCAAACGACAUGAGGCGAUACACCCGGGACACACUCAACCAGCACAGCCAUUUCAAGAUGCUCAAACGAAGCCAAAAGUUGGAGGCUUCCAACCUCGUCAAAGAAAUUGCGGAAAGGUCUGAAGGCGUCUUUUUCUGGGUCUCGCUCGUGGUCAGGUCGCUUCUGCGCGGCCUGGACAACGGAGACGACGUCGCUAUACUGCAGCAGCGACUCUCAGAGUUUCCCUCGGACCUCGACAAGUUCUUCCAACGUAUGCUGGACACCAUAGACUCGGUGUACAAGGACAGAGCGGCCAUGGUGUUCUCGAUGCUGCUGCUGGCGAACUCGUCGUUGCCUCUGGUGGUGUUUGUGGAGCUGGAUCGGUUGGUUGCCGCGAUGAACGAGUACGGGAACCGCCACGAAGCCAUGGGGAGUUUGUCCGGUGGUUCACUUUUGCGGACGAAGCAUUCCCGUCACGAUUCCCGGGCCCAUGUCCUCUCGGAAUUUCUUUUGAAAGACGCGGGCAGCCUUCCUGACAAUCUAAAACGCUACCAGCAGCAUGACCUCUCCGUGACCAAGAUCAAGAGGAGAAAAGACCAGAUCCUAGCACAGUGCCGCGAUCUGGUCCAGGCUUGGGAGGUCGCGGGGCCCUACGGGCUUCAGCACAACCUGAGGCUAGGCUUCCUUCACCGCACAGUUGUGGAGUUUCUCUUGCGAGCUGCGGAGAACCAGUGGCGAUCCACGCUCCCAUUCGAACGCUACCUGCUUGCAAGAUCAUUCCUCGGUUUCAUUGAAGAUGGCAGCGUUACGCGGCAAUGGACUCGCGAGUUCGUAUUGAGGUUCUUGUACACAUUACAGGGAGCGGAUCUUCAGGAGACCGUAGAGAGCCGGCAUUUGACCGUAGAGUUGCUCUAUAGGCUACUCUGGUACAUCCACUCCAACAUUCUUCCCGGCAUGGACGUUACCUUCUUGGAUCAGAUAGGGGCAGUGGAGCUUCUCUUGAGGCAAGCAGUUGCUCGUACGUUGAUUGACCGAAGGCCAGAGGCUCUGCAGUCCUUCGAGGUGUGGACCGACCUCUCGAAAUGUCAUCCGACCAGCUUGAGAUUGUUGCCCUGGUACUUGUGUGACUCGGGAUACGUCGAGGUCGGGGAGUGGGCGCAGGUCUCCUGGCCGCGCGUCGUGGACCUAGAGGUUCUCGAAUACCUGCUUAAUCACCAGCUCAUACACUAUAUACAUCGCCACCACCCCUUCGCGUUUUCGACAUUACUCGUGACUCUCUCCAACGAGAAGUUGACGAGGCCGCGGAACGACCUCCAGGUGUGCAAGAUGCUAAUCGAGCACGGCUUGGCCGGGCCGGCGGAAGCUAACAAGCCCGCCAGGUCGCGCGGCAUGAGCCCCGCACAAGUCAUGUAUGAAUCGGCCAGCGACUCGGCUCUGACGCAGAGCUCCACCAUCGAGUGGUUGCGCCUCAACCGGGUCUUCUCGGAAAGCGGGCUGCGGGAGCUCGAAGAGGCGUUCCCGCUGGAAAGCGCGCCAACGCCUAUGACAUUGCUGUACCAGAAGGAAAGGGAGGAGCGUAGUAAGGUGGGUUUCUUGCGCCGCCUACUGUCGUAG